AUGGCAGACUCAAUCCCCAACCCGCACCCCAGCCCGGCCGAAGAAUACGACGAAAUUCCAUUUCCAAUUAUCACGCCGCCUGCAAUUAGCAGCAGGAACAGUCUUGAGCGUGAAGUCACCGCGGAUGCGCACCAAUACGAGGCGGGGCUGCACGAUCCCGCGCCGGCGCCAGAGCCUCCAGUCGAGCAUCGAAUCCGGUCGCCGCGGGUGCGCUUCGAAUCUAUCAGACGCUCAAUAAGCAGUAGGUAUCAUCCCGACCAUCAAACCAACAACCGCAUCUUUUCCGAUCGGUCUGAUGCACCUCUGCUGCCACCCACGGAGCUAAGCGAAGUCCCUUUGGUCGGCUCCGGAACCAUCACCCCGCCUGCCCCCGCAUACUCGCGUAGCGGACUCGGUACUAGUACCACGCCAGAGGAAUGGCCGUCUCGCGACUCUGCCGACCCGGAGAAGCAUGGACACUCUGGAUUCAUAGAGCGGACUACUUCCGCUCGCAAUCGAUUCCUUCAUGCUGGUCAGAUUAUCCGACAGAAGACUCACCGGCUAGGUGAGCGACUCGGUCGGCCUGAAGAUGAAGGAGAGCCUCUCAAUGCAUCGGUUCUCCUUGAUGACUUCGAAGGAGGGAUCCCCAUGGAGGAGCUCCAGGCACGCCGAGCUCGUCAGGAAUCAGACAGAUUGCAAGCCAUCGAAACUGGCGAGACCCUUAUUGAGCCCCCGCCCAGUGCUGAGGCUCAUCGUCUGGUGCGCAGCAUGACCCAGGUCCAGGAUAAGCUGAAGCGCAAGCCGCAAAGUGCCUACCAGCGAUCUGGAACCACCACGCCCGAGGGGGUCAUUCGAGACUUCGCAACCCGCCGGCGAUCCAGCGGGCUUGCUGGCGGCAGUGGCAUCUUGUCCCAGUUGCUGAAGCUGCAUGCGAGCCAGACGGCAGGCUCUCGCCCCGAGAGUGUCAUUACCGAUGACUCGGACAGCGACACUCAAGUUUCAUCGGGUGCGACAACCCCGAAGAAGGGCGGUUCGCUCUCUCCUUCCAUGCCGACUUCUGGGGCUGUCACUCCUCGCAAGGAAAAGCUCAAGUGGUACAAAAAAUCUGCCCACCGCUCCACCUCAUCAUUGAUCGAUGCUUCUAUGAACCUGAGCGGUACCAGCCUCCCAGCCGCCACCGAGGCUGUCCAGGGUGGCAGGCGACGCAAGAGGGGCAAGCGUAAGACUCGUCUGGAGGACGAGAUUCGUGUCACUGUUCACAUUGCUGAGAUUAUUGCCCGUCAACGUUACAUCAUGCAGCUGUGCCGUGCGCUCAUGCGCUAUGGUGCUCCCACCCACCGUCUCGAGGAGUACAUGCAGAUGACCGCCCGUGUGCUUGAGGUGUCGGGUCAGUUCCUGUAUCUCCCAGGCUGUAUGAUCAUGUCAUUUGAUGAUCCGACCACUCGCACCGCCGAGGUGAAACUAGUGCGCAUGGUGCAAGGCGUUGACCUCGGUCGGCUCGCCGACACCCACAACGUUUACAAAAACGUCGUGCACGAUCUGAUCGGUGUCGAAGAGGCGACCCACGAGCUUGACGAGAUUAUGUCUCGCAAGCCGCGCUUCAACAAAUGGAUCAUUGUCCUCACGUACGGCUUUGCCAGUGCCACUGUCGGUCCUUUCGCUUUCGAAGCUCGCCCGAUCGAUAUGCCGGUCAUUUUCCUGCUCGGUUGCUUGGUCGGGUUCAUGCAACAUAUCUUAGCUCCACGCUCCGUUCUCUACUCUAACGUCUUUGAAGUCACGGCUGCUGUCCUGACCUCUUUCCUUGCUCGCGCUCUGGGCAGUAUUCGACACAACGGUGAACCACUUUUCUGCUUCUCGGCUCUAGCGCAAUCGUCAAUCGCUCUUAUCCUCCCCGGCUUCAUGGUUCUUUGUAGCAGUCUGGAACUGCAAUCGCACCAAAUUAUCGCCGGAUCCAUUCGAAUGGUCUACGCCAUUAUCUACUCCCUCUUCCUCGGUUACGGCAUCACAGUUGGUACCACUAUCUACGGUCUUAUCGAUGGUAACGCCACCAAUGCUUCCUCAUGUUCCAACUUGGAUGUUUGGGGAUCAGUAUACACUCGCGAAUUUCCCUUCGUCGCUAUCUACGCCGUUUUUCUCGCAAUAGUCAACCACGGCAAAUGGAAACAGAUGCCGGUCAUGGUUUUCAUCGCUGUGUGCGGCUACAUCACAAAUUACUUCUCUCAAUCCAAACUGGGCACCCAGUCCGAAGUCGCCAACACCGUGGGCGCUUUCACCAUCGGUGUCCUGGGCAAUCUUUAUAGUCGCCUGUGGCACGGUCACGCCGCCACGGCCAUUCUCCCGGGUAUAUUCGUACUCGUUCCCUCUGGUCUCGCCUCCAGUGGUUCCUUAAUAGCUGGACUGCAAUACGCCAACGAGGUCCGACAGAACCUCAAGACCUCCGGCAACAGCACAUCCACCAGCGUACUAUCCGAAACAUCCGUCGCUAGUCUCGGUCUCGGUAUGAUUCAGGUCGCCAUCGGCAUUACCGUCGGCCUGUUUAUCGCUGCCCUUAUCGUCUACCCAUACGGUAAGAAGCGAACUGGUCUGUUCAGCUUCUAA